AUGGAGGAACCUAUUACAAAGCAAGAGAAGAAGGUGAAGAAAUUACAACAAAACUUAGGUCUAAGAAGAGGGAAAUCCACUGGGCGCCGGGAUGAUGCACUGGGCGGAUUGAGCCCCCACGAGCACCCACUUCGUUUAGGGAAAUUCACUGGGCGCCUUAUAAAUGCACUGGGCAGAUUGGGUUUCAGCCAAAAUCCGUUGGGCGCAGCUC